ACAGCUUUGUGUUUUGGGAAAUUGGGGUUUUGAAUUUGUUGUAAUAAACAAGAGUUUUUGUUUAUAUAGAAAAAUUUCAAUUAAUCAAACAUCUGCUUUAUACGACAGUGCAUUGAAUUUAUAAGUUGCAAGUAUCAGUUACUAAAUCAAAAUAACAUUACUUUGUACUUUUUAUGGUUAGAGGUUAGCGCCAAGUUAGCAUAAGUAUUUUGUGGUUUUUGUUUAUAAUUAAAAAUGAAUAACGAGAAGAGAAAUGCUCGGGGUCGAGGAAGAGGUCGUGGUCGUGGGAGAGGCAGAGGCAGGGGAAGGGGGAGAGGCAAAAAAGUGCCGAAAGUUAUGUCUUCUGACGAAGAAGAAUGCUCUAUGGAAGAAAGCGUACAGGACGCAGAAGAUGGGCCUGUGGAAGAAAUGAAAGAAGAGGUGGAACAAGAGGAACCCCCUAAAUUGGAAGUUCCAUCUGAUAUAUCCCAGCUUGAAGCUCCUGUGUUCACAACUAUACAACGAGGGCCACCUGAGCCUAUGCUGAGAUUGGACUGGAGUCACCGUGCCACUCUUAUUGGUGAAAAAGUUCUAAAUCCCAUGAUCUACUGCUGUGAUACAUGUUCUAAGCCCAUACUGAUAUAUGGAAGGAUGAUACCCUGCAAGCAUGUGUUUUGCCUGUCAUGUGCACGGGCAGAUCAUACACACUGUCCUCGGUGUAGAGAAAAGGUUUUACGUGUGGAGCAGACGGGCCUUGGCACUGUGUAUAUGUGUACACACUCAGGCACAAGAUACGGCAACACAGGCUGCCGUAGAACAUAUCUAUCACAGAGAGAUCUUCAAGCCCAUAUAAACCACAGGCAUGUAUCUUCUGGAGCAGCUGAAAUGAAAGCCGAGCCUGAACCACAAUCUGCAUCUGUAGCAGUUGUCAAACCACUUUCGCAAGUGUCAUCGAGCGCGGCGUCGAACGUAGCUGGCGUGGCGGGCGACCCGCGAGCGCACGCGCCGCACGCGCCGCGCGGACGCACCAACCUUAUUACAGUGCCCAUCCACGACCAGGACUCGCACAACUAUUAUAACUAUUAUCAGCAAAGUAGCAGCGUGCCGGUGGCGGUGACGCACUCGAUGUCGGUACCGCCGCCCUCCUACUACCCCGCCCCGUACGCGCCGCCCGCCACAUACGUCGCGCCCGGUGCCACCAUGACAACUCCGGCUGGGGUGACACCGAUGCCCACUCCAGUGCCUUUACCCGUCAAUCCCAUUCCAGACACAAACCGCUGGCCAGAGGGUUACCAGCAGCCCAACGUUCCUGUGCAGCAGUGGCCGCAAUCUCAGCACCAUUAUUACAGAUAACUACAGAAUAACAUACAAGUGAUGUGCUUUGUAUCUGAUUGAGAGGACAUGUAUUAUCAUAAUAAUAAGAAAAUUAUGUA